AUGACUGUAUUCGAUGAGCUAGCCGAAACGGACGGGGACAAUGAAUUCAGGGCGUGGUUGUCAAAGGUCAUCGAUGCAAAGCAAGAGAUUGUCGCCUUUGUCGCUUCUCGACGACAAGGCAAGCCAGCGGGAGAGUUUGAUGGCUACCUUAAAGGCUCAUUCAGCCUUAGUCUCGUCAUCAGAUUUAGCGAUGGAGGGCCAAAAGCUGUGAUUCGCUUCCCCAAACCAGGCCACACAGCCACAGCUUUCCGGGAUGAAAAGGUCAGUAUUGAAGUCCAAUUCCUAAAAUUCCUGAGCGAGAAGACUACUAUUCCUGUACCUCGGGUAGUGAGUUGGGGUAUGAUUGAAGACAGUCCUCAGCAUCUCGGUCCAUUCAUAAUCAUGGAUUAUCCAACGGAGACCGAACAAGAUGAGGUGAUCCUCGCGACCGACGUGGAUGAUAUGAAACUGGAUUAUGUCUACGAGCAACUUGCCGAUUACAUGCUACAACUCUCCCGACUGGAUUUUUCUACAAUCGGCGCGAUAUCAAAGAGUCCGUCUUCAAAUAGAUGGAUUGCCAGCGAAAGACCUCUAACAUACAACAUGAAUGAGUUAAACUCUGUAGUCUCAAACUACCCUAUAAGCGGAUAUCCUACAGCCCCGUUCACGUCUGCAAAGGCGUUUCUUCACUCUCUCGCUGAAGAGCAUCUUGUCCAUCUUCGAACCCAACGAAACCUUGCCAAUGACCGAGAGGAUGCUAAGAAGCGGUUCAUCGCACGUCAUCGAUUCAAGGAGCUAAUCUCCCGCUACUGCCUCGAUGAUACCGGUCCUUUCAAGCCCUACUGUGACGACCUGCAACCUACAAACAUGCUUGCGCACCCGGACACUCUCCGUAUCACAGCUAUACUGGACUUCGAAUUCACAAACACCAUGCCAGCUCAGUUUGCUUACGAUCCACCUUGGUGGCUACUUCUACUGGGUCCAGAUAUGUGGCUUGAAAACCACUCCAUGGAAAACUUUAUGAUCCGCUACGUACCAAGGCUGGAACAGUUCUUGCGAGCCUUGGAACGGGUGGAGGCGAGGACGAAUUUGGAAGGAAGCGAGAGAAACCCACUCCUUUCUGUCCGAAUGCGUGACUCCUGGGCGACCGGAAGGUUUUGGUUCGACUAUGGAAUCAGGAAGAGUUUCGACAUAGAUGCGGUCUAUUGGGCUGCACUUCACAAGGAUGGGGACGAUGUGCUUAAUGAUAAGAUGAGAGAAGAGAUGGAGAAGUUGGUGGAUUUAAAGAUGGACCAGUUGAAAGCUUAUGAUGCAGAGUGUAAGGUCCGAUUUUCUUCGUGA